CCGCCGCAUGUGCCUCGCCGUGAGAGCAAACACCGCCCGACUCUUAUUUAUCAUGCUCCCGGUCCGCAUCAUGGGUCUUCUUCCACACUCCGUUCGUUUGCUUUACAGCACCCACACUCUUUGCCCUCUACUUUUCCAUUUUCGUUUCCAUUCGCCAUGAAGUUCUUCCUUUCGUACGGAGCUGUGCUCCUUCCCUUUACGUCUUUCGUGAGCGGUAUUGAGUUCAACCCUGACGAUGAAGCUUCAAUUCGGAGCGUGACUGCGAAGUACGCUGCUGGCUUGAUGUCUUACUAUAAGAACGGCGCCCCCGGUACCCCCGAAAACGAUGUUGGUAUAUUUCCAAAGCCGCACUACUGGUGGGAAGCGGGUGCCGCUUGGGGAGGGCUUAUUGAAUACACCUCAUUUACCGGGGACAAAUCCUAUGUCAAUACUUUGACCCAGGCGCUGGUGUCAAACUAUGGCCCAAACAACGACAUCCUCCUUCCGUGGCGAAAGGACCAAGAGGGAAACGAUGAUCAAGCCUUCUGGGCCCUCGGUAUCAUGUCCGCACUCGAGUACUCAUUCCCUGAGCCCAAUGCAGCCCCGGCGACAUAUCUCGAAGUUGUGAAGAACUGCUUCGACAACAUCGCUUCUCGGUGGGAUACAACAUCUUGUGGAGGUGGCCUAAAGUGGCAGAUCUACCCAGAGAACAGCUAUGGCUACGAUUACAAGAACUCAAUUUCCAACGGAGCCUUCUUUGCGCUUGCUGCUCGCUUAGCUUCAUACACUGGAAAUAAGACAUACUCUGACUGGGCAGUGAAGACUUGGGACUGGACCAAGGCUGUUGGCUUGAUUAAUGAUCAAUAUGCGGUUUUCGACGGAACAGACGACAAAAAGGGUUGCUCCGACGCAGAUCACACAGAGUGGAGCUACAACGUCGGUAUCUAUCUCCAUGGCGCAGCGGCUAUGUAUGCCUAUACGAAAGGCUCCGAGACCUGGCAAAAGCAUACGGCUGGCCUCCUUGAUCACACUGCCACUUUCUUCAAACCAUUCGACAAUGCAACCGACAUUAUGUUUGAGCAGGCGUGCGAGACUGGUCAGACUGGCCGAAAGUGUAACGUGGACCAACAGAGCUUCAAAGCUUACCUCGCCCGCUUCAUGGCAAAGACAGCGCUCCUAGCCCCCUUCACCAAAGACAAGAUAACGAACUACCUUCGAAAGUCUGCUGUCGCAGCUGCCAAGUCAUGUUCAGGGGGUAAAGAUGGCGUGUCCUGCGGAAGCAAGUGGUACACCGGAGGCUGGGACGGAACUGCUGGAGUGGGCCAGCAGUUAUCAGCACUCGAGGUAACUCAAGCGCUUUUGAUGAUCAAGCAGGGUCGUCUUCCAGACACCAAGGGUGACCAAAAGUCUUCUGCUUCCCCGAGUGCUAGCUCUUCCGCAAAGGCCACCUCCUCUAUCGCCAGCGCCUCCUCUAGUGGUGCUGCUGCCAGUGGCUCUUCCUUGACCGCCGCUCCGUCAACCGCAACAGCGACGUUUGCAUCCAGUGGCGCUUCAAAUGCGAAGCCAGCAACGUCAAGCGGCAGCUCUGCAAACAAUCCAGUACCAUCCUCGACGCAGGGUGCGGCCCCAAGUUUCACUUCUGUGGUUCCGGGCGGAGUUUUCGCCCCGCAGUCUGGCGGGACUGGUGUAUGUACAUGCACCCCGAGUUCGACUGUUACCAUCUAUGUCCCUCCUACGUCGGCACCAAUCGCUCCACCACCGGCUGUCCCAACAAACCCCAGUGGAACGGUUCCUGUCAGCCCACCCGUUAACGCAACCUCGCCGGGCACUCCUCUCUUCACUGGCGCCGCUACCAAUACCAAGGCCACAUCCUUUUCUAUAUUUGGCGCAGUCGCUGUUGCGGUCCUGGCAAGGAUAUGGUAAUUUCAUAGGCCUCGAUAAGUGCCACUGGCAUUUAACUUUAUUCACCCACUUCCAUGUCCUCCUAGGACUCUUUCGAGAUGUAAAUAUCUUUUACCUUCUCAGUUCAGAUUGCAUCAAGGGCGGUAAUCAUGGCUUGGCAUUUCUGCCAGAGUCCCAAGCUUAGAUAUACAUAAGAUAGCGUCCAAAUAUGGAGUAUAGAA